UUACACCCGACGUCACGAAGUUACUCCUGAAGUUACCUGGAAAAGCCAGCUACCUCGCUUCGUAGUACAGCCCUCCGGUUCGGGCAGGGAAAAUAUAAUCAUUAGCCAACCUUGUUUGCAAGUCGAAAGAGUGUACGAUUGUAUUAGGCUAUCACUGUUAUUCUCAUGCGUACACGUCCCCUCCUUCUGCUAGUGGUUGACCAUUACAUUAUCCAGUUCUGCCGCUAAAUUGCGAUAUCCACCAGAGUGUCUCUGACGGCGAGCCGUUAUCCACAGUAUUAGGCACUACAUUGGCAACCAAUAUGCCCAUCCAGGUAGGAGAGACCCUGCCAGCAGUAGAGGUGCAGGAGGGUGACCCUGGGAACAAGGUGUCCAUGGACUACCUGUUCAAGGGGAAGAAGGGGGUGCUCUUCGCUGUGCCCGGAGCCUUCACCCCCGGCUGCUCUAAGACACACCUCCCUGGGUUUGUGGAGCAGGCAGCAGAGCUGCGGAGCAAGGGUGUGGAGGAAGUGGCCUGCAUCUCCGUGAAUGAUGCCUUCGUAAUGGCGGCAUGGGGCAAGGAGCAUGGAGCCGAGGGCAAGGUGCGGAUGCUGGCUGAUCCCACAGGUGCUUUCACCAAGGCUGUGGACCUGCUGCUGGACAAUGACCAGAUAGUGCAAGUCCUUGGCAACCAAAGGUCCAAGAGGUACUGUAUGCUGGUGGAGGAUGGCAUGGUGAAAAAGAUCAACGUGGAGCCAGACGGAACAGGCCUGACUUGCAGCCUGGCCUCCAACAUCCUGUCUCAGCUGGCCUGAACUAGUACAAGCAAGUUUACAUUUCAAACUCUGUUAAUAACUGAGCCUCACCCACUCCUACCUGCACUACAAUGUCCUCAUAACAGCACUAACCAAUACUGGUCCAAGAAAGGCACUUGAAAGAUCAGUUUGGGCAACUGUUUGUCUUAUUGUGAAACAAGUGCACCAUAUACAUUUUUUUCUGAGGCACUUAACCACUGUAAACUGAAU